GGGCCGUCAGAGCGGCGGGCUCUGGGGCGGCGGAACCUUCUUUGCGGCGCGCGCGUUUCCAGCCGGCGCCCUUUCCCAGGGACGCCGCCGCCCCUCGCGCCCCCGCGCCCCCCGCGCCCGCGUCCCCGGCGCCGCCGGCCCGGAGCUCCCCCAAGCCUCGGUCCCGCCGCCGCCGGCACUCGCGAGGGGAAGCCCGGGCCGCUCGGGACCUCGGCUUGCUCCUCCGGACCCGAGAAGCCACUGCACCGGCUGCCGCUCCAGAUGCUGCUGCUGCCGCCGCGGCCACCCCACCCUCGGUCCUCCUCUCCGGAGACCAUGGACCCGCCGCCCCCCAAGGCUCCCCCUUUCCCCAAGACGGAAGGCCCUUCCUCCACUCCUUCCUCGGCGGCGGGGCCCCGACCCCCGCGGCUGGGCCGUCACCUGCUCAUCGAUGCCAACGGGGUCCCCUACACAUACACGGUGCAGUUGGAGGAGGAGCCCCGGGGCCCGCCACAGCGCGAGGCACCGCCUGGAGAGCCAGGCCCUCGCAAGGGCUACAGCUGCCCUGAGUGCGCCCGGGUCUUUGCCAGCCCUUUGCGGCUGCAGAGCCACCGCGUGUCGCACUCGGACCUCAAGCCCUUCACGUGCGGCGCCUGCGGCAAGGCCUUCAAGCGUUCCAGCCACCUGUCGCGGCACCGUGCCACGCACCGUGCCCGCGCCGGCCCACCGCACACCUGCCCGCUCUGCCCACGCCGCUUCCAGGACGCAGCGGAGCUGGCGCAGCACGUGCGCCUCCACUAAGUUACAGACCCGGCCUGUGCUGCCCGGCCCCUCUCUGGGCCACCACGUCUGACCCACACAGCGUCACUCCCACACACAUUCCCUUACUCCGCUGAGGUUACUGCCUUACCCUGGGCCUCAGUUUCCCCAACUAUCUAAAGGGAGAAACAUUCCUUCUUCCCUCCCUCUCUAGCUGUGUGAUGUAGACCAAGUCGUUGCCCCUCCCAGUGCCUGGGAGCCAGUCGGAGCCCAGUUUCCGCCCAGCUGUGCUGUGUGAGCCUUUGCAAGCGGCGUAACCUCUCUGAGCCCUGGUUGUCUGCUCCGAAGUGGUGAACGGUUGUCUGCGUGGAAGAUUUGACAAAAGCACGGGCACGGUCUGGCUUAUUUCUGUGUCGCCCCAUUUCCACCCACCACCCUCACCCUUUACUCAAUAAACAUUCCGCACUCCG